CGAACGCGAUGGCGCUGCAGCUGCGGUACCCCACGGAAGCGGACUUUUCGUCCCGCGCGCCGCUGAGCGACUUGCCGCCGUUCCCCACGUCGCCGUCUGGCCCAUCGAAGCUGCCUGUGACCGCUGUCUUCCGCUGGAGUCCGCAAGUCCGCGCAAGCCUCAAAUACCAGAAAGAAACCAGAUUGACAACAAAGGACCUUGUCAUUGCGACUGGACAACAUGCGCACAACAUCAUGCAACGAGUUGUUGAAAACACUCCCGAAGCGCGAGUACUUGGGACACUCAUCUUGUCAUCUGCACACAUUGUGGAAUCAAGUUUAUCUGCGUUCGACCCGUCCGCCGUCUGCUCGAUCGUAUCUCUAUCGAACGACAAAGUUGUCGUCGUUGCACCCCUCGACGUGGCGGACGAGGACGUGUGGAUCUGGACCGAGUCCCUCUUCGCUCACAUUGAGCCGCAGCGCGUAAUCAGCGUCAGCACAUUAAUGUCUGUGACGUACGACUCUGAAUUGCAUGAAACUUGCUCGUUGCGGAUGCUCCAGACGUCGGCCUCCUUCGCUGAGCAGAUUGCCCAUAACAUCCCAAUAUUGGCCUCGCCGCGCUUCGUCAUGGGGAUUCCAGCGGCGCUCCUUACUUACAGCGAACUCCGUCAUUUGCAGUGCACAGUGUAUGUGACGCUGCACCACACUUCGUCGACGAUGUCGCAAAUCGCUGCGUCCUUUGGAUCGAUCACUCCGUUGCUUCAAGCGGAGUCGACCAAAAAGCACGAAGGAUUCAGCGUCAUGGACGUUUCGUUCGCCAACAAAUACGAAGACCUGUACAGUUAAGCCGAGCAUCGAAAACUGGAGCAUUGUUCCAUGCAGUGGUUUGUCUUGUGUUCACUAGAUGUUGUCCAUGAGGCGUCUGGACGCA